AUGGUUAAAAAUAAGGGAAAAGGUGGUAAAUCCAGAAGAAGAGGAAAGAACGACACUGAAAACGACAAGCGUGAGCUCGUCUUCAAGGAAGAAGGCCAAGAAUACGCUCAAGUCCUUAAAAUGCUGGGUAACGGUCGUGUUGAAGCACAAUGCUUCGAUGGCGUCAAACGUUUAGCACUUAUUCGUGGUAAAUUGCGUAAGAAGGUUUGGAUUAACCAGGGUGAUAUUGUUUUAUUGUCUUUGCGUGAUUUCCAAGACGAGAAAGCCGAUGUUAUUCAACGUUACAACCCUGAUGAAGCUAGACAAUUGAAAUCUUAUGGUGAAUUACCUGAUACCGCCAAGAUCAACGAAACCGACAAUAACUUUGGUGGCGAAGAAGAUGACGAAGUUGAAUUUGAUUUUGAUAUUGAUGAUAUUUAA